AUGUAUCCUCUUUCCUCUCCUGCCGCUUCGCGUCACCUCCUGCACUCACUUUCUCGACCGCCUCCCAGCGACUUCCGGCGUGCUUCAAAUACCCCGUCUCCUCUCUGCCCCCCGCCGUCCGCCGUGCCGCCAGCGGUGCGCAUAAAUGAUGAGCUGCGGGGCGUCCUCACGCGGGAGCUGCGCGGGGAGGGCCUCGUGCGCGCCAGCGGGCUGUCCACAACCGUUGUGCGCCCGUACGCCCUCAGCGAGGAGCUGGUGGGCGCGGCGCUGCACUUCCACCAGGGCGACAACAUGACGUACUGCAGCCAUGCCAUGCCAUGCCACCAUGACGUUUCAGAAGCUUUGGUGUAUCUUCUCGCCCUUCGCACCUCCCAUUCCAUGCGCCCGUCACACGCAUCUGUAUUGGCGCUUGCAGCAUUCGGCCCGUUGCGGCAAGGCCUGGGGCUGAACCGUUGUCGCCAGCUCACCAGCCAUGCCAUGCGGGCACUCGCUGACACGCCAGCUGCCGUGGCCGUGAUGGCAAGCAAGCACGUCUUCUCAUAA